GUGGAGGAAGAAGGAGGUUUUGCUUUUGCAUUAAUAUUCCUGGUGGUGCUGCUGCAUCUCGGAUGUGAGCAAGCGGCAGAUCACUCGCGGGGAUGCUUUGCCUCUUUAAUAACUUGCUUGCAGAUGCAUUUUCUAGCUGACCACGCUAUUAAAGAGCCGCCAUCAAUCACCCGGCCAGCUUCUCCCUGUUCCAGUUCGGAGGAGGUGUGUGUGUGUGUGGGGAGAGAGAGCAGCAGGCAGGCGCUGUGGGCGAGGAGGUCGAGUGGCCCGUGAGCCCGAGGCAUCUUCCUGUGAGUCGGUGGUCCUCGCCGGGCUGCCCUCCUGCCGUUUUGCCCUGGGUUGGCGGCGGCGGCAGCAGCGCCAGGGUGGUGGUGGUGGAGGACUCCGUUCCGGGUUUUCCUUCGCGCCGCCGCUUGCUGGCUUUGGGCGGCUGUGCUGCUCGCUCGCUCUCCCCCUCUCCUGGUGUCUGGGUUGAAAGCAAAAGCGACUGGGUCACACAGAGGCAUGUGGAGGUGGCUGCAACCGAGGAGCGGCAGUUAAGCGGGGCUGCUGGUGGAUGUGUCGCGGAGGGGCCCGGGGAGGCAGGGAGCUGCUGCUGCUGCCGCCGCCGCGGCUACCUCCAGUCGGAUCCUUCUCCGGCCCGGGCAAUGCCGCCGCCGCUCCUUCUCUCCUCGCCCGCAUCACUGCCUGGCCCAGCAGCGGCGCUGCAGUGAAGCGGGGGCCUCCUUUUGUUCGCCCAGUGCAUCUUUCUCUCGUGCGCGCUCCUCUGGUCCCCUUCUUUGCUUUCUCUCUUUCCCCUUCCUCUUCCCCCCUUCCUCCUCCUCCAUGGGCAUUGCAUGUGGGAUUGAACGCAGCAGCAGCAGCAACCUCCCCCUCCUCCCCUGCAUGCCCUGGAGAAGCAGCGCGAGGUCCGCUGGGGUCAGACUGAAACAGCUGCUGUGAUUGCAGGCUGGUUGCCUUGGCCCCUCUCGCCAGGAAGCCGCCUCCUUGUUGUUCUUCCAGAGCGGAAAGUCCAAGGCUGGCUGGGAGCCUUGUUAAAACGCUGGGGUUGUUGGAGUGGUUGAAUUUUUCCUGGAAUUGAGUGAGAAAUUCAGAAGACUGAAGCCCAGGCUCACUGUCUACCUUUCACGGAGGCCCAGCCGUGAGAGGACAGAAGAAGGCACCUGGCGAAUCAUGACAGCAGACAAAGAGAAGGACAAGGACCGGGACCGGGACCGGGACAGGGAGCGGGACAAGCGGGAGAAGGCGCGAGAGAGCGAGAACUCGCGGCCCCGUCGGAGCUGCACCCUGGAAGGCGGGGCUAAGAAUUACGCAGAGAGCGACCACAGCGAAGACGAGGACAAUGACAACAAUAGCGCCACUACCGAGGAGUCCACAAAGAAGAACAAGAAAAAGCCCCCCAAGAAGAAAUCUCGCUACGAGAGAACGGACAACGGGGAAAUCACCUCCUUCAUCACGGAGGAUGAUGUCAUCUACCGGCCUGGAGAUUGUGUGUAUAUUGAGAGUCGCCGACCAAACACUCCAUACUUCAUCUGUAGCAUUCAAGACUUCAAACUGAGCAAACGGGACCACCUUCUCAUGAAUGUCAAAUGGUACUACCGCCAGUCUGAAGUCCCCGAUUCUGUCUACCAACACUUAGUUCAGGACCGACAUAACGAAAACGAUUCUGGGCGUGAGCUGGUUAUUACAGACCCAGUGAUCAAAAACAGAGAGCUUUUCAUUUCGGACUAUGUCGACACCUAUCAUGCUGCUGCCCUGAGGGGAAAGUGUAACAUCUCCCAUUUCUCUGACAUUUUUGCUGCUAGAGAGUUUAAAGCUCGGGUGGAUUCCUUUUUCUACAUCUUGGGCUACAAUCCAGAGACAAGGAGGUUGAACAGCACACAGGGUGAAAUCCGGGUUGGGCCUAGCCAUCAGGCAAAACUUCCAGAGCUACAGCCGUUCCCUCCUGGAGACAGUGACUCCGUGACGCAGCACGAGGAGCUUGUGUGGAUGCCUGGGGUCAAUGACUGUGACCUCCUCAUGUACCUGAGGGCAGCACGGAGCAUGGCAGCUUUUGCAGGGAUGUGCGAUGGAGGAUCCACGGAAGAUGGGUGUGUCGCUGCCUCCCGCGAUGACACUACUCUCAACGCACUCAACACACUACACGAAAGUAACUAUGAUGCUGGCAAAGCCCUCCAGCGCCUGGUGAAGAAGCCUGUGCCCAAACUCAUUGAGAAGUGCUGGACUGAAGAUGAAGUGAAACGCUUCAUUAAAGGACUCAGACAGUAUGGAAAGAACUUCUUCAGGAUCCGAAAAGAGCUGCUUCCCAAUAAGGAGACAGGAGAACUGAUCACUUUCUAUUACUACUGGAAGAAAACCCCUGAAGCUGCGAGUUCCCGGGCUCACCGCAGGCACCGGAGGCAGGCUGUGUUUCGGAGAAUCAAAACCCGAACGGCUUCCACUCCCGUUAACGCUCCCUCCAGACCCCCCUCCAGUGAAUUCUUGGAUCUGAGUUCGGCCAGCGAAGAUGACUUUGACAGCGAGGACAGCGAGCAGGAGCUGAAGGGUUACGCCUGCCGCCACUGCUUCACCACCACCUCUAAGGACUGGCACCACGGCGGCCGGGAGAAUAUUUUGCUGUGUACGGACUGCCGCCUCCACUUCAAGAAGUACGGGGAGCUCCCUCCCAUCGAGAAGCCGGUGGACCCGCCCCCCUUUAUGUUUAAGCCUGUCAAAGAGGAGGAUGACGGACUCAGCGGGAAGCAUAGCAUGAGGACAAGGCGGAGUCGAGGCUCGAUGUCUACACUACGCAGUGGUCGUAAAAAGCAGCCAACCAGCCCCGAUGGUAGAGCCUCACCCAUCAGCGAAGACAUCCGAUCCAGUGGCCGCAACUCCCCCAGUGCUGCCAGCACUUCAAGUAAUGACAGCAAGGCUGAUUCGGUGAAGAAGUCCACCAAAAAGAUAAAGGAAGAGGCGUCGUCUCCUCUCAAGAGCUCCAAGAGGCAGCGAGACAAGGCAGCAUCUGACACCGAGGAGCCCGACAGAAUCAGUGCCAAAAAAACCAAAACACAGGAGAUCAGCAGGCCCAACUCACCGUCGGAGGGUGAAGGGGAAAGCUCCGACAGCCGCAGCGUGAAUGAUGAGGGCAGCAGUGAUCCAAAAGACAUCGACCAGGACAACCGGAGCACUUCGCCCAGCAUCCCCAGCCCCCAAGACAAUGAGAGCGACUCGGAUUCGUCCGCCCAGCAGCAAGUGCUACAGGCCCCCAAUGGCCCCGCCCAGCCCUCGGCUCCCUCUCUGCCCGUGUCGGCGCAGCUGCCACUGCCGGCUGCCUCGAGCAUCCCCACUUCUGUGCCCGCCCAUGUCUCCCCGUCGGUACCGCAGCCAGGCAGCCAGCCUCAGGCGCCAGUACCCCCCCAUUCCCACAUACAGCAAGCUCCUUCUUUGCACCCUCAGAGGCUGCCUUCUCCUCACCCCCCCCUGCAGCCUCUGACUGUGCCCCCCAGCCAGGCCCAGGCCCCCACUGUCUCUCAGCCGCACCCGCAGCCUCCACUUCACAGCCAGAUCCAGCCCAUCCCUCACAACCUCCAGGCCCAGCCGCUCCUCCCUCAUCCAGUCCCGGCACAGCCUUUCCCCCUCGUGCCGCCACAACAGCCGCCACCGCUCCCGUCACCCUCUCCACAGUCUCAGGGCCCCACUUCCCACCCGCACCCGGCACUCCAGGUCUCUUCAGCGCAGCCUGCCCUGCAAACGCCGUCUCCCUUGCAGCCGCCGCAGCCGCCACCUCAGCUGCCGCCACCACCGCGAGAGCAGCCCCUUCCCCCAGCCCCUCUCUCAAUGCCGCACAUCAAGCCACCUCCCACCACCCCCAUUCCUCAGCUCCCCACACCGCCCUCCCACAAGCACCUUUCGGGGCCGUCACCAUUCUCCAUGAACUCCAACCUCCCGCCGCCACCGGCCUUGAAGCCGCUCAGCUCACUCUUGACUCAUCAUCCUCCAUCUGCCCACCCGCCUCCCUUGCAGCUGAUGCCUCAGAGCCAGCCACUGCAGCCAUCUUCGACACAGCCUCCAGUCCUGACACAGAGCCAGAGCCUUCCUUCAUCAGCCAGCCACCCCUCCCCUGGCCUCCACCAGGUCCCUUCUCAGGCCCCUUUCUCCCAGCAUCCCUUUGUCCCUGGGGGCCCGCCACCCAUCACUCCUCCCUCUUGCCCAUCGACGACCACUCCGCCUUCCGUGCCCGGUGCCCCUUCGCAGGCGGCAGCGUCUACUGCGGCGGCCUGCGGCGGAAACAUCCCCGUGGUGACGCCCUGCACGAUACUGCCAAUUCAGAUCAAAGAAGAAGCUCCGGAUGAAGCAGAGGAGCCAGAGAGCCCACCUCCCCCGCCCAGGAGUCCAUCGCCAGCACCUACCGUGGUGGACACGCCAAGCCACGCCAGUGAGUCAGCUAGGUUUUACAAGCACCUGGACCGCGGCUACAACUCCUGUGCAAGGACAGACCUGUACUUCACGCCACUGGCAGGUUCCAAGCUGGCCAAGAAGCGUGAGGAGGCCAUCGAGAAGGCCAAGAGGGAAGCAGAGCAGAAGGCAAGAGAAGAGAGGGAGAGGGAGAAAGAGAAGGAGAAGGAGAGAGAGCGAGAGCGUGAGCGUGAGAGAGAAGCAGAAAGAGCGGCGCAGAAAGCAUCCAGUUCCUCCCACGAAGGGCGUCUUGGAGAAUCCCAACUCAGCGGCCCAACUCACAUGAGACCGUCGUUCGAACCGCCUCCCACCACCAUUGCCGCAGUGCCCCCGUACAUCGGGCCAGACACGCCCGCGCUACGGACCCUCAGCGAGUACGCGCGCCCUCAUGUCAUGUCCCCCACUAAUCGCAACCACCCCUUCUUCGUCCCUCUCAACCCCACCGACCCGCUGUUGGCCUACCACAUGCCCGGCCUCUACAACGUGGACCCCACCAUCCGGGAGCGGGAGCUGCGCGAACGGGAGAUCCGGGAGCGGGAGAUCCGGGAGCGGGAGCUGCGGGAGAGGAUGAAGCCGGGCUUCGAGGUGAAGCCGCCAGAACUCGACGCGCUGCACCCCGCCACCAACCCCAUGGAGCACUUUGCCCGCCAUGGCGCCCUCACUAUCCCUCCCACGGCAGGCCCGCACCCUUUUGCUUCCUUCCACCCAGGGUUAAAUCCCCUGGAGCGGGAGAGACUCGCUCUGGCAGGCCCCCAGCUGCGGCCUGAAAUGAGCUACCCGGACAGGCUGGCCGCCGAGAGGAUACAUGCUGAGCGGAUGGCCUCGCUCACCAACGACCCCUUGGCCAGGCUCCAGAUGUUCAACGUGACCCCACAUCAUCACCAACAUUCACACAUACACUCGCAUCUACACCUCCAUCAGCAGGACCCGCUGCAUCAAGGCUCAGCAGGGCCAGUGCACCCCCUCGUGGAUCCCUUGGCAGCUGGGCCCCAUUUGGCGCGCUUCCCUUACCCUCCUGGCACUAUCCCAAACCCGUUGCUAGGGCAGCCACCCCACGAACACGAGAUGCUCCGGCACCCGGUCUUUGGUACUCCGUACCCACGUGACCUCCCUGGCGCCAUCCCUCCUCCAAUGUCAGCAGCCCACCAGUUACAGGCCAUGCACGCCCAGUCAGCAGAGCUUCAGAGACUAGCCAUGGAGCAGCAGUGGCUGCACGGGCACCCCCACAUGCAUGGGGGACACCUUCCCAGUCAAGAAGACUAUUACAGGCCACAUCAGGUUAGUGGUGCCCGAGAUGCUAACUUUGAAGAGUUCUGUGUGCCCUCAGCCUGUCUCUGCAUAGUUGGAAGUCCCAGGAAGAGGGCUGUCAGGAACAGACUUGGAGAUGUUGGGUAGACCUGAAGGCCGACUGAAGAAGGAAAGCGACAAGCAGUUGUAAUAAAUUAUUUAUUUGUAAUUCUGGCUGCAGAAGAUCCCAGUCCUUGGGAAGAAAUGGAAUGUGCUUAUCUACUCACACACGCACGCACACACACACACCUGUGAAAAGCAAGGGAAUUUUAUCUUCUAAAGAUACCUUUCUCUCUUUAAAAGGAAAGCAACAAACAAACAAGAGGCCAACAGCUAGAGACUUUUUAAUCAGCACAUAUAUUAUAGUAUUCAUUUGUAGAGAAGAUUUUUCAAGACCAGUUUGGGAGUCUCCUUGCAUGACAAAACCUGUUAAGAAGCCUAUUGGAAAAAAACCCACACAGGACUGGAGGGGAAGUAUUCAGAGAAACUCCUUGGGCAAUCUUGGGGGGUCGAUUGUUUUUGGUUUUUGGGGGGGACAGGGUUGGUUUGGGGUUGGUUUGAUUUUUUUCUUCAUUUUGAGUAGGUGCUAGAAUCAGGUUCACAACUUAAUGCAAGCCACUGUGCAUAAAAAAUACACUCAAUUUAUAUAUAAAUAUAUAUAUAUACACUUUAAAAACACUCACACACACACAAAAUCCCAAGAAGUGCAAGUAGGUGGCAUUAACAACCUCUGAAAAUCCAAGUGCUAUAACAAGAAUUUUAAAAGAAAAUCUACUUUUAUUUUAAUACAUUGUAGGAAAACUUCAUAAUUUUAAAGAGAACUUUGCAGCAUGGCUUUUUAAGUCUGUAAAUAAUUUUUUCAGGUUAGGGGUUUAAAAAGUAAUUAUAAUAAUCUCCACAAACUCCUGAUAUCUGUCUUUCUCUCUCUCUCUCUCUCUCUCUCUCUCUCUCCCUUCAGUAACAUCACAAAAUCGUCCCUUCUUACCUGGUGUUGACAAGGAUACAGAGUUGAUUUUUUAAUAUAAGAGGAAUAUAUAUAAUUAUCCCUUUAGUUAAAGGGAAGAUGACAAGGGGUGGGUGGGGUCAGUAAUUGCAAAAUGGGUGAGAACUUGACUUUAUGGUUUGGUAGCAACAUAAGCAUUAAAAGAAGUUGCAGGGAUAAUGUUUUUUUUUUAAAAAAAAACAACGUGUGUGUGUGUGUGUGCGCGCAGUUCUUUUUAAUUUAAUUCCUUGGUUCCAUGAGUGUCCUGCACUGCUUCCCAUUCUGGGUAGUUUGUUUUUGUCAUAAUCCAGUUGCUCAGCAGGUUUCACGACUGGCACAUUCCUGCAUUUGGGGUUCGAUGGUUGAAAGCAAAAACAAUCCUCACAGUCCAGCCUCUUCACAUUCUCCACCACCAUGGCAAGAGUUCUUUGGAAACAGAAUCCAGAACGGUAGCAGCUUUAAAGAAAUGGGCUCUUGGAAAGUCAGGUCAGCCCUGCUCCUCCCAUUUCCUCCACUGAUGUAGCAUUGAACUGAAAAUGUAUCUUGUAAAUUCAGGCACAUUCCCACCCCGCUCCUCUACCAACUUUUAACAAUAAUAAACUGAUGAAAAAGUUUUGGCUACAAGUCCCACAGGGAGCUCUGUGCAAGAAAGAGCUGCUUUCUGUAUUGGGGUAUGUGCUAUGUGCGCCCAGCGUGUGCAUGGGAAUAUAUCCAAACGUGUGGGGAGACGUGUACAUUCUGCCCCUCUGGCAGUGUCAGCCCCACAUGAGACAUCAGAGCUGCCGAUUUUGGACACAUUCACAUUUUAGUAGAAUGGAAGAUUGCAGACAAACCACUUUCCUAAAAAUUGUUUUUAAAAAGUCAAUUAUUUGAACAUGUGCUGGACUGGAACUUGCCCUUCUUGGCUGUUGCACAUUUUGAAAAGAAAGGGGGCUGUUGCAGAUCUGUGGGUUUUCCAAAUGCUUCAAUGAAUGCAAAGCUUAAAUUUCACUUCUAAAAGCUGAAAAUCAGCUUUGCGUUCCUGGGGCUUCAGUCUAAUUUUAGCAGGGUUUUUUUUUUCCUUUGCUGACAGUAGGCACAGAGGGUGACUUGCACCUGUUCGUACUUCAAGGGUGUAGUUGACCAGGAAAGUCUCAUUUGCCACCUCCUGCAGUCCAUGGCAGCAAAGUAAAAUGGUCCAAUUCCUGCCCCCCCCCAAAAAAAAUCCUAAUCCGGAAUGUGGGGUAGGGUAGAGUAAGACUCUGAGUAAAUGUGUAGCAGGCAGUCUAUAUCUAGCCUGCUCUUUCCAGAAUGUUAGUUAAUCCCUGUUAGACCCAGAGGGCUAAGAAUGGGACACAUCCAUCAUGUGUCAGAAGCUGUCAAUAUUGCAAGCACAUGGCAACUGUGUGGAUCCUAUUUUUUAUCCCCUUUUACUUGUUACUUUAGAAAUGCCUUUUUUUUUAAAAAAGCAGUGGAUGGCAUAGGAAUCAGGGCUGUGUGAUAGACUUUCCCCCCCUGUUAGUUGCAUUUGUCAUAGCAUUUUCUGGUUUUCAGUUCUCUUUGGAGGGCUGCAUCUUUUGCUAUGUGAAGACUGUUACCUGUGGUGGGUCCCCCUUAGGAGUCCAUUGGACUGGGCUGGAUAACUCUGUAGCUAAUUGUUUUGCUGUCUCUCAAAGUCUACCUGGCAGGUGGAAUUUUCAAACCAGCCUAACUGAUUUCUGGGUUCCUCCUACCUUAGACCAAAGAGAGGGCCUUCCCCACCACCCAAUUGGCAUCCCACCUAUUUCCCACCCUGGUUAUCAAGAUGCAGGCUCAACAAGAUUGCUUGAAUCAUUGCUUUAAAGCCCAGCCAGUACUUUUUUUUUAAUGCUGUUGUCUGGAAUAGAAUACACUUAACAUAAUUACCUGUCUUGGGCUAGGCAUCCCCAGUGGAUUAUUAUCUGUCCCCCGUGUCGCUGCCUCCUCCAUCUCUUCUUCUUUUUGAAUCCACUUCCAUGCAACAAGAAUAAUCUAGCUUAAACUGUCGUAGUCUCAGUGAAAAUGGAACGGCAGUUUGGACAAGGGCAAUAAGAAUCCUCUCAUCAAGGUCCCCGACCCACCCAAUCCAGAACUAAAAUUUCAGUUGCUUGGCGAGACACUUCAGCAUGGAUGACCUAGACCAGCUGUUUCCCUAGCCUGGUGCCUUGCAAAUGUUUGGACUACGCCUCCCACUCAGUGGCCUGAUGGGAAUUGUAGUCCAAAACAUCUGGAGGGCACAUGGCCAGGAGAGACUGGCAUCAUCCAUAGUACCAGUUAAUUUCAACUUUGUCCCUUGGUUUACAUGCAGUGCUUUGUGGUUCCUCAAAAGCUCUUGGCCUGUUAUAUGCAUCAUUCCACAGUGGUGGUGAAGCCUGGGGGCUGUUUGCUCUCAGAUCUAACCAUUAGCUACAGUGUUAUUUGCUCCUAAGGCCACCAUGCUCUGCUAGAAUCUCCCAACUUUUUACAUUUACCUUUUCAGAGAAUUCUUUUUUAAACAAAAUGCUAUUUUUUGCUUUGAUCUUUAACAUUUUUUUUUGCUUUUGUCUGUGUGUGUGAUUUUUUUUUAAUCAAACCGUCUCUUGUUCUGUGUCGUCAUGGUUUGAGCUAGUUUCACUGCACCGUUUAAAAGCAGAAUAUACGUUCUGACAGCUACAUUUAUAUAUAUCUUGAGGCUUAGUGUAUAUAUGAGUAGUUUGCCAUGGGAUAACACAGUGUAAAACAGAGUAGAAAACCCAGAAAUCGUGACUUCUGUGUUCUCUCCAUUUGAGUAUUUUGUAAUUUUUUUGAAAUAUUUGUGGACAUAAAUAAAAACCAAGCUACACUA